AUGGAUCAUUCGGUGAUCAAGAAUUGGGUUCUCGAGGUUGCAUCUCGGAGGGUGCUUGCGACGUCGGAUGAGAUAAAGCGCUACUUCCAUGGUCGUGUUGACGAAGAUGUGAUCGAUUUCUACAACGAGGAAUUCUCCAAUAGCCGGGCGACCGUCAUACAGUGCGCAGAGUUUCUCAACAUUGAAGUUCCUCCGGAAGACGAGGAGGAGGAAGAUGACAUCAACAGCGAGCUCGUCGCGGGAGCGUUCGGCGCUAAGGAGCGAACGAAGCACGGCGACUACAGCGCCUUCGAGCAUCCCUUGGAGAGACGCGCCAACGAGGCCAAGCAAAACGACUGCAAGGACUUGAAUGUCCUGAAUGCCAUCCUGCAAGAGGCCCACGGUGAGGUGGGCCUGGGGAAAAUGAAGAAAAUGAUCAAGAAGAUGAUCAAGCGCAUCAACGAGACCCGGGAGGAACAGAAGCAAUUGCGGACGCAGAGCCUGCUCAAGCCCAAGCGGGAAGUGUCUUCCCAAAAGCUUCACCCUGCCUACGCCAGCAAAAAGCCCACGUUCUCUAGCUUUGCUCCGAGCACCAUCCCCGACAAGGUGCCAGACGCCAUGCUCGACAUACCGCCCAACGUGGUGGGCUGGGUCAUCGGCAAGAACGGCGCCCGCAUCAAUGACAUCCAGAGCAAGACCAACGCCGCGAUGUGGAUGGAUCAGAACUUCCCCGACGGGGUGAUGCGCAAGCUUCACAUCCACGGCAACAAGCAGCAGGUGGAAGCCGCCAUUGACGAGGUGGAGUUCCUCAUGAAGUCUGCCCCGGUCAACACUCCGAGGCCGGGAAAGAUGGGCCCAAAGCAACUCCCCCAUGGAGGCGGCUUGCCCCCGGGACACCCGGAUCUCAAUUACUCCAAGAAAACCAUUAAGUGUCCCCACGCUCUGGUUGGGUAUCUCAUCGGUAAAAAGGGCGCCAUGAUCAAGCACAUCAAGUCGAUGAGCAACGCGAACGUGGAGCUGUUCCAGGGAUACCCUGAUGGACAUCCCCGCGACGUGUUUAUCACGGGCACUGCCGAUGAGGUGGAUUUAGCCGCGACUCUAGUGGACGAGGUGAUCGCUUCCGGCACCGCCUCGGACAGUACCGCCGCUGCCGCUGCCGCCGCCGCCGCCGGCAUCGGCCGUGCGCUUUCGUUUGCUAGCGGUCCCGUCCUAGGCUUCAACCCUUCGUCUGCCCUCUCACAGGAACUGCUCGCGAAGGCCGGUCAGAUGCACCUCCUGCCCAACUUCCUGGAGCAGGAGUUCGACGUGAACGCGAUCGUGCUGAUGGAGGAACAGGACUUCGACGAGAUCAAGAUCCCUUUUGGUCCCCAGAAGAAGAUCCAGAAAGCCAUCCGAGAGGCCACGGCGAACAUGGAAAGAGCCGCCGCGGCCGCCAACGGGACAGCCGCCGCCCCCGCCGCUACCGGCAGCGACAGCGGCGGCGGCGGUGGAGCCGGCGGCGGCGUGGGAGCCGGCGCUGCUGCCGCGACCGAGGACGAGCCGCGGGCGGCUGACCUGUGCGCCAUCUGCAUGGAGAACCCGAUCGAGGUGACCUUCGUGGGGUGCGGACACUUCAUUUGCUGCGUGACGUGCGGCAACAGGUGAAGCGCGCGAUGUUUUCUUUUUGAGUGCCGUUCUUGGAUGUUUCGAGCAUCGAAGCAUCGAACAGAAGCAGCAACUUGUUUGUCAAAAGUUGGCGCGGUGUGGCGCUAACAUCUGGUACACGUGCAUUUUUUAGAAGUUUUCGCGUGCAUGUCUGGCGUUCGGGAUGAGUUUUGCUCUUGGGACUUUUUUUUUUCGCUCCUUUUUUCCGACGUGAAAGCGUUUUGGCGAAGAGCACGAUUGAGCGGCAAUAACACAGCGAUAGGUCGGAUGGGACGACGCGUUUCGAUAACACAGCAAUAGGUUUGCUUGGUGCGCCCACGAUAAUGUUGGUGGGCGUUCACAAGUGCAAGUUAUCCAUAUUUUCGUAGUUUGUUGGAUCAGCCAAUCAGCAGCUGCAGAAGAACAAGAUCCUGUUCCUGUAGUUAGUAGUGCGAUAGCCCAGGUGCGCCCUCAAGCGUGACACCACGUCGCAGCGGUGACUUCGGCGGCAGUGAAGGCAAGCUUUCUGGUGCCCCCUUUUUUUUGGAUGUGUGCAUGCCGUCGACAUGUCGUCGUGUGGAAUUACAAAUGCAUAGUAGUAGCAGUAGGUGCCAUCGUGCGCGCAUUUAUUUGUUGUUGUUCGUGGUGUUUCUUCCUAGCCUUGGCCAAAAUAAACAAGAGAGAAGCAAAAGGGUGGGUUGCCUCACGAACUUGUUUGCUAAUGUAGGGGGUGU